AUGGAAUAUUUACGACACCUCCUUAUUCUCUGUUUACUUGGUUAUGUUAGUUCAUCAGUAACAGUCCAAGAAUAUGUUGAUAAAUUAUUAGUCAAUACAAAUAAUAAAAUCGCAACAAUUGAAAGUAAUCCUGAAUUAGUCAAUCGUAUUUAUCAUUAUUUUAAAGAACAAUAUUCACAAGAACAUACAAAUAAAUUAGUUGAUUUCAAACGAUCAAAACGUGUUGAAAUAUUUAAAUCAAAUUUAAAAUAUGUUAUUGAACAUAAUGAAAAUCCUUCGACAACAUUUAAAUUGAAACUCAAUGAAAUGAGUGAUUGGACAGAUAGUGAAAGAGAUCAAUUACGUACAAAUAUUCAAAAUGGACCAGUUAAUACUAAAGAACCAGUUGAAUCACGUGAUGAAAUUAUUGUACCAGAUGAAUUUGAUUGGAUAAAUCAAACACGUGUACCAUAUGCAGUUACACCUGUUAAAAAUCAACGUCAUUGUGGUUCAUGUUAUGCAUUUGCUAUGGUUGGAGCUUUAGAAAAAACUUAUGCAGAAUUAUAUAAUCAAUCAGGUCCAUUAAGUCCACAAGAAUUAAUUGAUUGUUCCGAUGCUAAUGGUUGUGAAGGAGGAAGUUUUGAAGAUACAUUUAAUUAUAUUCAAAGAAAUGGUGACAAAAUUAGUUUAGAAAAAGAUUAUCCAUCAACAUCUGAUGGUAAACAAAAUGAAAAAUGUCUUCGAACAAAUCAAACAACUCUUUCAUUGAAUCCAAAAUAUCGACUUCAAUAUGAACAAUUACAAACUGAAAAUGAAGAUAAUAUGAAAAAAGUUCUUUAUCAUCGUGGUCCAAUUUAUUUUUCAUUUAAUUGUGGUAAACGCGAAGGAAAUGAUACAAUGUUACGAGACGUAUCAAAUAAAUUUGAUCAUUAUGCAUCAGGAGUUUUUGAUGUUCCGGGAUGUCCAACACAUCGAAAUAUGAAUCAUGCACUUGUUAUUGUUGGUUAUGGAACAGAAAAUGGUGUUGAAUUUUGGAAAGUUAAAAAUUCCUGGGGAGCAACAUGGGGUGAUCAUGGUUAUCUUAAAAUAAAACGUAAUGAUAAUAUGUGUGGUAUUGCUACUUGGCCUUAUUAUACUGGAUUAUUUUAG